AUGAAAUGCAUAACGGUAACCAGGUAUAAAGACCGCAGGAGCGCCUCUAGCGGACACUUACUCAUUUACUCCAGCCGAGAAAGCAUGAGGGGAGCCACAAUUGUCCUGCUGCUGGCGACCGUGGCGGCGGCGGCGCUGCGGAAACGUGAAGCGGAUCCGUCAGGAGGAUACGGACACGGGCUGGGGCACGGCUAUGGCUACCGCUAUGGGUUCGACACUGGAUUUGGACAUGGUCAUGGACACGGCUUAGGACAUGGUCACGGCCAUGGGCAUUCGAUAGCGUUUGUACAUGGUGGUCAUGGUCAUGGACAUGGAUUCGGUUUAGGAUUUGGACAUGGCCAUGGUUUCGGACAUGGUCAUGGAUUUGGACUUGGUCAUGGUUUCGGACACGGCCAUGGGCUCAGUGUUGUACAUCAGCAUGGUUUUGGGCAUGGACAUGGCAUUGGCUUCGGCCACGGUUUCGGACACGGCUACGGCUACGGCCACGGCAUCGGUAAGCGCGAAGCCAAAGCCGAACCCGAAGCCAAGGCCGACCCGAAGGCAGAACCCGGCUUUUCCCACGGCUUUGGAGGCCAUGGCUUUGGAGGCCACGGCUUUGGAGGCCACGGCUUCGGCUUCGGUGGUCAUGGUUUUGGUGGUCAUGGUUUCGGUGGCCAUGGAUUCGGACAUGGUGGGUUUGGAUUAGGCCAUGGCUUCGGCCACGGAUUCGGUCACGGCAUUGGCCAUGGUCAUGGCUUCGGUCACGGCAUUGGACAUGGUCACGGCCACGUUGUCACCCAUGAGGUUGUCCAUGUUGGACAUGACCACGGCCAUGGGCAUGGUUUUGGUCAUGGUCAUGGCCAUGGAAUCGGUCUUGGUCAUGGAUUUGGUCACGGUUUUGGACAUGGGAUCGGCCAUGGCUUCGGACAUGGAUUCGGUCACGGUAUCGGUCAUGGAUUCGGACACGGGAUCGGCCAUGGAUUCGGACACGGCUACGGCUACGGAGGAUAUGGCUACCAUUAGCUGCAACCAAGGAGUAAUUCUAAGGGAACUGAAAUGAUUAUUUAAUAAUAUAUAUGCAGUUGAAAAGUUAUACAUAUAGAGUGACAAUCAAAAUGGAGAAAUAAGUAACUAAAGGCGAAGAAGUGACUGAAUGACUUGUUCUCUAAGAUUAAGUACAAGCACAUGGCAACCCAUGAAUUUCCACCCGAGCUGCUGUGGGAAGUUUCAAUUCGUCUUUUUUGUCUUCUUUACCCAAAUCCCUGUCAUUAUCAAGUUCUUUAUCACUUUAUCUAUUAUAUUUGUUGAUAUAUCGUCUAUUUAUCAUUCUCGUUUAUCUGCCUGUAUUUAUCUAUCUACUGUAUCCUCUCUUUCUCUGUCUAUCUAUCCAUCUCUAUCUUUCUAUGUCUGUC